GUGUCGCUUGUCAUAUCGUCAUGUCAACCAAUUAUGAGAUAAUUUGUUUACGAAGUGAAGGACGAUUUUAAAUUUAUAAAUUAAUUAGACAUAUUAUAUACAAUGAGGGUGUUUCUGGCGGAAGACAAUCCUUGUGCCCAAAAUUUAUUAAAACUUGUAUCUCACGGAAAUGCUAUAUUGGCAGAAGUUUUGCGACUCAAAGACCAUAUACCUACAAUCUACUUAUUGGAUUCUAAAGAACUACAACAAAAGUAUCAAGAUGUUAUCCUGGAUUUUAGUUAUUUUAAGAUUUCAGAUCAGCAAGAAAAAAAGAUCAAUACUAAUGUAAAACUUCAAGAUUUAGAUGACGAUCUCAAAGAAAAGUAUUUGGAACUUAUAACAAGGUUUUAUUUAUUAUUUGAGAACAUAUAUCAGUACAUCAUUGAUUUAAACACAUUUGUGGAGCAAUUGAAUGAUGGUGCAUUUAUUCAACAGACUAUUGAUACUGUGAUGAAAGAUGUAGAAGGCAAACAACUUUUGUGUGAAUCAUUAUACCUCUAUGGCUCAAUGCUGUUGCUAUGUGAUCUAUACAUUCCUGGACAAGUAAGAGAGAGGUUACUGGUUGCUUUUUAUCGCUACAGCACAAGCCAGUCCCAGUCUAAUGUGGAUGAUGUCUGCAAAUUACUUCGUGAUACUGGUUAUGACCAAAUGCAUUUAAAAAAGCCUUCAGAUUAUCCUGUGGAGUUUUUUUGCAGAGUACCCAUUCACCCUGAGUUUGUAGAAAAAGUAGUGGGAAAACUUAGAUCUGAAGAUAUAUAUAAUCAGUUAGCAGUAUAUACAAUACCUGAGCAUCAGGCUUCAGCUCUGGCAACACAGGCAAGCAUGCUGGUUGUUUGUUUGUUUUUUACCCCACAUUAUUUACACAAUGACACAACCAAAAUGCGAGAAAUUGCAGAUAAAUUUUUCCCAUGCAACUGGAUUGUCCCAGUUUAUAUGGGAGUUACACUGAACCUUGUAGAUUUUUGGGAAAAUUUUAAAGCUGCUAAAAAUUCUUUGCAUAACACUUGCAAUAAUAAAAUGGUAAAAGACAUUUUUGGCAAAAGAGGAAAUUCAGUACAAGUGUUGAUCACGAAGAUGCGACAGUUGUUAAAAGAAGGAACACUGACUGAUGAUUUUGUUCUUGAUAAUAUAAGUAAAAUAUUGAAUAUUAUCAUAAAUUCCAAUCACGUUUUAAGAUGGCUCAUAUUACACAAUAGUGAUGUUAUAUUUUUCGAUACUAACAAGAAGGGUAAACAACUCAGAGAUUUAGUUCUAAAAGAAACUAAUUAUGAUCCACUAAAUGUUCUAGAAUUGUUAAUAACUACAGCAGAAUUAGAAUUAAAGGUUAGAGAAUUCCUACAAAAGCUUUUAGAGAGUAAAAAUUCAAGCUGGGAAACUAAUAAAUCUCUAGCUAUAGAAGCCUUAAAUAAUCUAUCAGAACUUUUUUCAUCUUCCAAACCAUUUGCUAAAAUAUCACAAAACGAGCGAUUAAAAUUAUGGAUUGAAAAUAUUGGUAAGCAAGUGUCAUCAUUGGGUGAUCCUUUUACCAGCAAGUCUAUAAAAAAAGUAACACAACUCAUUCAAGCAUUAGAUGAAGUAGAAGAGUUUCACGGCAUUAAAAGUACUUCAACAAUAUUGCAAUUUCUUUCCGAAGGAAAAGAUUCAUUACGUAAUCUUAUACGACUUGCAUCUCUGAAAGAAGAUUCCCUCGUUACUUUAGAAACGGUCGCAGAUUUUAGUUAUGCGUGGUGUACUAUAGAUUUGUAUACAAAAUAUAUGCAAAAUAGCAUAAAAGAGAAUCCAGUUGUUACAAGUAGAUUAAGAGCGCUAUUUCUUAAAAUAGCCAGUGCAAUGGAAAUACCACUGCUAAGGAUAAAUCAAGCCCAAAGCGAAGAUCUUGUAUCAGUUUCUCAAUAUUACAGUAAUGAGUUGAUAAGAUACAUUCAAAAAGUGUUGCAGAUUAUUCCUGAAAUGGUUUUUAAUAUUGUAGAAAAAAUUAUUGAUCUGCAAACAUGGACUAUUAAGGAAGUACCAACUAGAAUUGAAAAGGAAAAGUUAAGAGAGUACGCUCAGUUAGAGCAUCGGAUGGAAAUUGCAAAACUUACACAUUCCGCGUCAACAUUUACGACAGGUAUCUUGGACAUGAGAACAACAUUAGUGGGUGUUAUACGAGUUGAUCCGGCAGAAUUACUCGAGGAAGGUUUACUGAGGGAACUCGACACUCACAUCAGUAAAAAGUUCAAUGAGUUUCUAGAACCACAGGGAAAGAAGCCUGACAAUUUAAUAACUCGCCUUCAGAAACUGUCAGACAGCAUGGAUGGUUAUAAAAGAUCUUUGGAAUAUAUACAGGAUUAUAUAAAUAUUCACGGUUUAAGAAUUUGGCAAAAACAGGUUUCUACGAUUAUUAACAAUAAUGUAAACAAAGAGAUUAGUUUGCGCAAAGGCGUGUCAUUGUACGGACCCUCUGCUGGCUUCAUGGGAUCUCUCGCACGACAAGUUGCUAAUCUUAUUGAUUCCAGGGUAUCUGCGUAUAUAAAUAUCUGUACCGCAUGGUAUGAUGUCAAAACGCAAAAGGAAGUCGUCAAUACAAAAACAUUUGCUAAGUUAAACGACGCUAUCGGUGUCGUAGGACUCCACGGUUUAGAUAUUCUUUAUGCGUUCAUGAUUAAAAAUCAAUUACAAAACAUUCAAGUGUUAUUCAGAAAUCCUCAUGACAAAUUUACGAUCGCUUCUGUUAACUUGGAUCCAAAAGAAGUGGAGCAAGUUGUAGCGAAAUGUACGAAAAUAAUUCAACAAAUAACUGAUGCAUUACUUCUUAUUGGAGGUUUGCAAUUGCUACGGAAACAUGUCUCUUAUCAACUGAACACUACAUGCAAAUUCGAUUCGGCUCAUUUGGAGGCCUCAUUAAGGACAAUGAACGAGGCAUUACUUAGCGAAUUAAAAAGUCGCAAAAGUGAUCCACAAAACAUUCCAUUAUCAUUAAUUCACGAUUUAGACGAAUAUCUUGUAAGAUGUGGAAUAAAUUCGCCUUCUGAAAAAGUCUAUAUAAAACACGCGCAAGAAUUUUCAAACACGGAUAUGGGGCGAAUAAUGGCUAUCGUUCUCAUAUCUCAAUUAUCAAAACUGCAAAUAUGCUACUGUACAGGUGAUCUUAUUACUAGAAAACCAGGCGAAAAUAUUGACGGUUUUCCCCUUCUUGUGGGUAUUUACACAUUAUUAAGACAAAGCAAAAUGGAUAGUAUAGAUGUAUUUAUUGAUACUCUUUGCAGCUACGCUAAAGUUUCAAGUCUCGCAAAGUUAAAGACCACAGAAGUGUCUGUAGAAAGUGCAUUUAUCAUGAGAAUAUUGCAACUGUUCUGUGAAACAUUCAAUUAUGAAUUCGAGAAGAUGGAAGAUAAGUUGCCAUUAGCAAUGCUAAACAAUGUACAUGUUAAGUUAUAAAGAA